UCCCUCGACGACGAGCGAGUCCGCUCUCUCCAAGUUCCUCUCGACGGCUUCUCGACUCGGAGACUUCUUCGGAGACUUCUUUCUUAUCUUCUUUCUUCGUUUCCUUCUCUUAUUUUUGUUUAUUUAUUUUUUUUAAAUUGUUCUCUUCGCCGCCGAUCGUUCGUUUGCCUACACGGGAUCAGGCGCGCCGUUCGCGCGCGUGCGACGUUUUUUGUUUUCACCACCUUCUUCGAUUGCCGCGGGGGACUCCGAUAUCGGCGUCCCGGAGCCGGCCGCGUGUGUGAUCCGCGGGAGAGAGAUUUAGACGAGGUCCGAGAAUCCAGGGAUAGUGGAUCACCGCCGAACACUUUGAUUCACGAGGCUCGAGAGAGAGAGUAUUAGAGUCGUGACUGACGGUCCGCGCCAACCAUGUUACGCCUCGUGAUCUGUCUGUUUCUAUAUAUCGCCGCUUCUUACACGCCCGGUCACUGCGAGGCAGGGGCAUCGCGAGAUGUCGAGCGACCGAGACUACCAGAGUUCCUCACGGAAUUGGACUUGUCGAGUCUCGAGGCAUCCGAGGAAGACGUCGAAGCGCUCAAGAAAAUCGUGAAAAGGCUGGCACCGGAGAAAAACGGCGAGUACCAAGUUUACCAAGUCUUCUUCGGUAACGAGGACCUUCUCAAGGAGUGGCUCAAAGGAGCGGGCGUGACAGGACAGCCCGGGGUGGAUUAUCCGGCCCUCACAUCGAUUCCGGCCACUUCAUUCAGCUGUCGCGGUCUGAGAGGUGGAUAUUACGCGGAUUUAGAGACAAAUUGCCAAGUAUUUCACAUUUGCGACAAUGGCCGCAAGAUCUCGUUCCUGUGUCCCAACGGCACCAUCUUUCAGCAGUCGCAGCUUAUAUGCGAUUGGUGGUUCAAAGUUGACUGCUGCAAGUCGACGGAGUUGUACGAGCAAAGCGCGGAGCAACUUGCCGAGGAGGAAAAGAAACGCGCGGAAGCGCGCAAGAUGCAGUCCGAGUAUCAUCGUACGGCGGAGCAGGAUAAUAACGCGAACUAUUACGAGAGUCAGAACAACGAUUACGACGGAAGACAGAACGGCCGAACUAAUCCGUAUGGCCAGUCCGCCAGUCAAAAUCAAAUUCCGGAUCGACAAGAGGAGCCGAAGUCCUCCACUCAGCAGUUCGGAUCGAAUAACGUUUUCGACAAUGCUCGGGAUUCCGUUCGUCACUCCCAGGAGAACAAUGCGAACGCGUUGCGAACCAGUGACAAAACGAUUCAGACAACUGACAACAACAAACAACGACAAUAUCACCACGACGGAUCGAAUUAUCAGGCCGUGAGCAGGCAGAGAAAUCAGUUGGUGGACACGCAGAGCACCAGUAAGUUCACGUACGAGCACGGAAAGUUCCAGGACACUCGGCAGAACUAUCAACAGACUCAUUUCCGAUCGAGUCAGAACACGUCGUCGCGCAACAACAACAACGAGAAGCCGGAACUCAGAAACACCAAGUCGCGAACCUCGUCGCGAAACAAUCUUUUUGGUAGCAAUCAGUCGGUGGGCCAGAAAGCUACGCCAACUUAUAUGGAAACGACGACCUUCAGAACCACAACUUCCGCGCCUCCGAAAGAGUAUCAACAGUUCGCGGAGAGCGCUGCGUUCGUGUCGAAUCGAGGAAAUCGUUUCAAUGCGGGUAAAUUUGACGGCGCGCGACAAUUCUAUUAUCACUCGUACGAUCACCGAGAACACUCGACAACAGCGGAUUACAACAGUCGCGAGUCGACUACCCUGACACCGGAGAAGAGCGAGACCGAAACGGUGUCUUUCACGCCAAAAACGGGCGCUCCGUCGUUCCCCGGGCCUACGUUCUCUCCCAUCUACAAGCCCAGGACGACGACGCUGCCGCCUUACGAAACGACGUUGCAGUACACACCGACCACCGAAACGUCAUUCUACAGUACGUCUUAUUACAGACAAGACGAUGUUCCGGAAACCACGUAUACCAAUGCCGCCGACACCACAACCGUGACGUCGUCUUCCGCUGAGGACUAUACAACCACCACCGAGUUCUUUGCCGCGCACAGCGAUUUCCACACUCCUCCCGCGAUAGGAAGAGUACCUCCAGCACCCACGAAUUAUCAGCAAUAUCUCGAUAAGAAGGUGACCGAUCAGAGAGACGUCAAUCGAGAUAUCGGGUCUUUUGCGACCACACGUCCUUACGUAAACACCGAGAAUUAUCGGCACAAUACGGCCAACACGACGUCGACCAUCCGCCAAGACACGUUCUCUUCAUCGACGCCCUUCUUCGAGGACUCUCGCAGCCAAUCGGUUGCCGGUCAAAGUAGUUCGACUCGUGCUAGUUAUCAGAAAGAAAACAGCGUGUCGAAUAUCGAAGUUAAAGACACUACGAAGGAUCCCUGGCGCGCUUCCUCGCAAACUAUCAGGCAGAACUCUAUCAGUUCGACGGAGAAACCAUGGAGAAGCACCAGUGCUUAUCAGCCAACUUCCACAAGAGAGACUUUGAGUCCUUACGACACCAGUUUUACUUACAAACAAGGAAAAGUGUUGUCUACCUUGGGUCCUUACGUUCCUUUUACCAAGAACUACGUGUAUUCCACAAUGACCACCACUCCGACACCGAAGUCACCGUCCACCGUGCCGUCUUAUACUCCUACUGCGAAUUAUCGUAUAACGGCGAGCAGCUUGAUACCCAAAGUUAAGUCGACAAGCGUCCCAGUCACGAGCAGACCCAAAGACAGAGCGACUUAUCUACCUGAAGCUAGUAGUAAACGACCGACAACAUUGGACGAUAGACCGUACAGCGAACGAGAACAUGCGCUCAGCAUGCUGCAUUCUCUUCAGGGUCUAGGGAACAGCCCGAACAGUCUGACUGAUUCCGACAAGAAAGACGUAUCUAAUAGAAAUCAUCUUUUCGCGCCUGGUCCGUCCACUUUGCAUUCGUUGGCUUUGUACUUUGCCACAGCAAGCGACAACUUCGAGUCCAACGAAACCGCCGAGUCAAACGCGAGCGUCGAGAAUCGCGAAGUCGAGAGUAGAGAAGGUGGUUCCCUGCUGAACUCAUCUGUCAUCCAGUUACCGACUAGUAUUCUCACACAACACACUAUUACAUCGUACGCCGAUCUGUUCAAUCUAAACAAUGCGCUUGAAGGUAACGCCACGAUGACCGAACUCGUUGCGGAAACUGACGAUGUUGGGAGUGAGAUCGACGAUGAUCUCGAUAUCGAACAAAGCGAAGGUCCGCUGAACGGCGCGAAGAGAUCGAACAGCACCAAACUGCGCGAACUGGCGCAGGUUUUCACUCACGCGCUUUCGGCGUACUUGCAGGAUCCGGACACCUUCAAGAAGGUGUUGACGGAGAUCAGACCUACCGAACCGCCGAUAACAACAACCGAAAGCGGUGAAUUCGAAACUACAACAUCAUAUUCGACCACUGCUGAGGAAUACUCGUCGGUGACCAAAGAGAAGGAUGAGGUUUUAGAUUUCUCGGACGACUCCGACGUUUCCAGGAGACGCAAACCGUCCACCCUAUUUCCGACCACUUUGCAGCCACCCACUACUUCUGACAGAUCUUAUUACACAACCACGUACGACGAAUACUACUCGACUACCGCGGGCCAGACCCGAAGACCGAUAUAUUUCCCAAGUUCGACGUUAUUACCGCCAAGCACUUCAUCGUACGAUUCGGGAGAGGAAUUGUCGACGCAGGGCGGCAACACCUUUGCCUUCGAAGUGAAUCGCGCUUUCACCACCACGGCAAACGACAUUCAGAAUUACGAAAGCGAUACGAGAGAUUCCACCGAUCUGUCGCCAGUUUACGACAAUUUCUUCCCAACAGACGAGGACGGGAAUCGAAAUAAGAUCAGUGACUUUCACAAUAACACCGCGAGAACAUUCCAACCAUACGGCAAGAAUGUGAAACCGCCCGACGCUACUCCCAUAACCAACUACGUGGCGUCAUCGACACCGGCGUCUUUUCAGCAUUCCGUAGGAACGACCUCGAAUACCGUUUGGGGCAGAGGUUCCGCCGGUGACAGACCUGUACAAAAUCUAACACCACCUCAUUAUCAACGUUUCGGUAACGUGAGAAGCUUCGAGGUGUCAAACAGCAUCGUACCGAGUCAGGCGUUGAGAUCGACGACACCUUUGUCGAGGAGCAAAUCUAAUAGCUACGAAACGAUCAGCAGCACUGUUCAACCUUUCAGAAUACGUUACUACGACACGACGACAACGGUGCCUGAACGAAAGACCAGUCCCGAGUCUCUCGUCACGGCUCGCAGUUCGUAUGUCAAAUACAGAAAUAGUUACAAUCACGCCGAGGCAAAUCGAGAAGAGAAUACUCGCAAGCCCGCAGGAGAGGUAACAACGUCGACGACUCGGGACACAGUUGGAACUCUGGAUCCUAUCACCGCAACCGUUACCAACGGCGAUGUCACUCCGUAUACCGCCACCGUUGCGCGCGCCACCUCCAGCAACCAACCGACCACCACGUCCGGCAGACAAUCCAACUUGCUGGGCAACGAUCACUGGACAUCUUCGCCCAUGGUCACUCAACUCUGGGAGACGACGGUGUUCGUGGAUCCUCGGCAUAUUAAUCACGGUCUGGAAUCGAGCGACGACAGCGUCAGCACACCAAUUACGGAGGCCAACGUGAGAGAGGAAUCGGAAUCCGCGACGGCAACCACUGCGAGAUCGCCAACAUUGUCAACCAACGAUCUGGACGAGGCGACGGAAGAUCAAGUUACCACCACCAGUACGCCGAGUCCUUGGCAGUGGGCACCAAACACUAAUGAUUCACCGGUGGCGUUCACUCUUCUACCAACCACGUUCUCGUCCGCGGAGAACACGGCUACACCGACUCCGAUUAUCACGACGCGAUCAAGCAUAACGACCACGAUCACUUCCUCGGUGACGUCAACUAAUACUCUUCGGGACAAUCUGUCCACCUUGUUGCCGUUUGCAGCGACCUCAGACAAUAUGCUGAAUACCACCGAAAAUGAGAUAAUCAAGGCGCAUGAGAUGUUUGGUAAAUUAAACGAGACGAGCACCAACACGCUGAUGCGCGUGAUGAAGCAAGCCGAUAGCAACGAGACGGUGAGGCAAUUGGUAUUGCUACUGAUCAGCCAUUGCAACGGACCCAGAAAUAAAACAAUGGAGCAGGAAAGAGAGCAGUUGUUGGAAGCUCUUCUAAGAAUGCCCGUUAACGAGUUCAGUUCCGAGGAAUCGAGGGAAAUUGUCGCCAGUAUUAAUAGAGUCAAUCUUCCUACCGGCAAAACACGAGUAGCUGCUUUAUCGAGCUCGACGACGGCAUCUCCUACGAAGGCUUCUCGAGGAUCGUCGGUGAGACCUACACCGUCUCAUCCGUCCAUCACGACGUUUCGUAGCAGAACAGGGCGAAGGUUCCGGACAACGACCGAGAGUGCCGCAAACAGUUUCGCCCGAAGAUCGGACGACGUUGUCCCGGACACGAACAAUUCUUUAUCGGAAGAUGAGAACACGGCGUCCGACAACCGAGCUCUCGAGCUUCUCAGAUCGCUCUACACGAUAGCCGCUAAGUGGGGCUGAGGAGCCCGACAAUCGACGACCGAUCGGAACUACGCGCACGUCCGCAAGACUCGCGAGAUGAAGAUCUCGCUGGAGCGCUAGAAGACGUACACAUCUGUUGAUUCGUCGAAGAUUAGUUUAGAUAGAUCGUUCCUCUGUCACUCGUCAUCAUUCCGAUUUAGCCUAAAUUUCUUGGGUGUCGAACUUUGAACUCGAUUCGGUUUUGAUCUCGGUCCGACAAAUCGACGCAGAGCGACGAAACAAAAUCUGAUCUUCUUUGAGAAAGAAAAACACGAUUGCGUUGCACUUUCUUGAAUAUGAUUUUAAGGUUCGAUAACGGAGCGGAUAAUUGUCCCGCUCUCUGCUAUUUAUUUUUAGGGGAAACGAAAUUCUUAUUUUAACAUUUUGUUGAAAAAAUGUGGGGAUUUGCGCUAAUAAUUUCGAUUUUGAGAAGGGGUCUUCUGCAAUCGAUAAUUAACGUUAACUAUAAAGAGUUCGAUUUAACUUAGGAUCGAGAUUGACACCUGCGCUCGCGGAUACUAAGUAGGUCAUCGUCAUAUAUACAGCGCAACCAGUUUCAGAUUUGUAAUUCGAGCAUCUCGGCUGUGCUUGGUAUCCGCGACCGAGCGUAACUCGUGUCGGUUAAUAUGCGGAGUCCCGAUCGAUCAUCGGUCGACAAAACAUCGCAAUAUAACAAUUAACCGGCUUUAAGUCCGAGGAUAAGAUUAUAUUAUGUAUUGUGCUCGCCGUCCUUCUUUAUUAAGAAUAAAAUAAUUACCGAUCGCCUCAUCGAAACAUCGGCAAAUGUUAUUUGCGAAAAAAAAGGCCUGCCAUAUUUCGUCCUUUCUGUUCGGUGACGCUUUGCGUGAAUGCUGUGUAUGAAUAUUUUUCGUUUAAUAAUUCUGUCAUUCUCUUUUAAUAACGUUUUAUUUUAAUGUGCAGUAAUAAAACUUAUAUAUUUUAACGUGCAAUAUAACAACUUUUUAAAAUACUUUUCUCACACAUACAAUACACGAAAUGUAAUUUCUUAAAAUAAGUUUUCGCGCGCGCGAUUAAUCGCAAUCACACAAUUACUCCGUGUGUUCAGUAUUUAUUGAAAAAAAAUUAUUUUAUUGUUAUAUAAAAAAAUAUAUAUUGUUAAA